AUGUCCAUCAGGCUAUUAUCAAAUGCAAGACUACUGUCUUCUCCUCUGAGCUUGGCACUCAGACGCUGUUGCAAACAAGGCCCCAGCCCUAUCCCUGUUAGAUUCAUACAGACGCUAAACGCCAGAACUCAGGACAUAAAGAGAAUUUCGGAUUUCGACGAGGGCUUUGCCGACAAGGAAUGGUCUAAACACAGUCUUCCCACCAAAAACGGUCGGUUUGUGGAAACUGCCCCUGCAGAGAAGACUACGACACAAGAAGAGCCAAAGAAAAGAAGAAGAAAACUACGUCCACGCAAAGCCCUGAUAACGCUGUCGCCAAACGCAUUGCAUCAUUUGAGAAAAUUGAGCUCGCAGCCCAAUCCGAAGAUGAUCAGAAUAGGUGUGCAGAAUAGAGGAUGCUCCGGGCUUUCAUACCAUCUGGAAUACGUUACCGAGCAGGGGCAAUUCGACGAGCUGAUUGAACAGGAUGGCGUUAAAGUGUUGAUAGAUUCCAAGGCCCUGUUCAGUAUAGUCGGCAGCGAGAUGGAUUGGAUAGAUGACAAACUGAGCAGCAAGUUUGUUUUCAAGAACCCGAAUUCGAAGGGCACUUGCGGUUGCGGUGAGUCCUUUAUGGUUUGA